AUGACUCCUCUGAUACGCUCUUUCCGUCCAAGGUCAUGGCGACCGCAAUCGAUAUGCUCGACUUGCACAUAUCGCUCUACUCGUGUACGCCACCAGGCGACAAAUUCUACUCCGGAUGAAAGCAAGCCAUACUAUGUCACCACUCCCAUUUUCUACGUCAACGCCGCCCCUCAUGUCGGCCAUCUCUAUACCAUGGUCCUCAGUGAUGUGCUAAAGCGAUGGCAGUUGCUCAAGGGAAAGAAAGCCAUCCUCUUGACUGGUACCGACGAGCAUGGUAUGAAGAUCCAGCAAGCUUCAGCAAAGGCCGGAAGCGACCCAAAGCCUUUCUGCGACAAGGGUGCCGAUAUCUUCAAGACACUGGCUGCAAGAGCAGAACUCAGCAACGACCACUUCAUCCGGACUACCGAUGCUGCACAUAAAGAAGCUGUCGAAUACGCCUGGCAUCUAUUGAACGAGAGGGGUUAUAUCUACCAGUCCAAGCACGAAGGCUGGUACUCUGUCAGCGAUGAGACCUUCUACCCGGAAUCUCAAGUUCAUCUCGUCUUGGACCCUCCUACCGGAAGAAAAAUCAUGGCUUCGAUCGAGACUGGUAAGGAGGUGGAAUGGACGUCUGAAAUCAAUUACCACUUUAGACUCUCUGCUUUCCGUGACAAGCUUCUAGCAUACUACGCUGAGAACCCUGAAUGGAUCACUCCUCAGACAAAAAUGAAGGAUGUAGUGUCUGCUGUUACUGCUGGUCUUGAGGAUUUGUCCAUCUCGCGACCUUCAAAGAGACUGACGUGGGGUAUUCGCGUGCCUACCGACCCUGAACAAACCAUUUACGUCUGGCUAGAUGCUCUGAUCAACUACGCUACCGCAGCCGGGUAUCCUUGGGCACCUGGCAAGGAGCAUGCCGGCGGCUGGCCCGCCGAUGUGCAAGUCAUCGGCAAAGAUAUUCUUCGCUUCCACUGCAUCUAUUGGCCUGCUUUCCUCAUGGCUCUAGACCUUCCUCUGCCAAAGCGUUUCCUCACUCAUGCUCAUUGGACUCUCGGCAAGCAGAAGAUGGCAAAAAGCACUGGCAAUGUUGUAAACCCAUUCUUCGCUCUCGAUCGCUUCGGCACCGACACCAUGCGCUACUACAUGAUUCACGAUGGUGGCAUUGACAACGACGCUGAUUACGACAAUGCCUUCAUUAUCGAGCGUUACAAGAAGGGUCUUCAAGGAGGUCUAGGUAAUUUGGCCUCUAGAAUCACUCGCGGAAAGGGCUGGAGUGUCAGACGUGCUGUUGAGAGAUUUGCUGGUGACGACCAAUCGAAGCUGCCAUUCGGCGAGGAACACGACAAUCGAGCAGCAAUAUUGGAGUUUGGGAAACUAGUCCGAGACUUCCCUCAAGCCAUCGACGGCCGUAUGCAAGCCCUACGGCCCAAUCUUGCUCUCAAGGACUUGAUGAACAACAUCUAUGCAGCAAAUGCUUUCUUGCAGGCCCAAAGUCCGUGGGAUAUCGCCAGCAAGCUUAAGGCAGGGGAUGCGGUGCCCAAUGCUGAUUCGGCCGAGCACGCUGAGCGUCAGAUGGACUACGUGAUUUACCUCUGUACUGAGGUACUGCGUCUCUCUGGAAUCAUGCUUCAGCCGGUCAUGCCUGCGAAGGCCAAGUACUUGCUCGAUAUGCUGGGUGUUGCAGAUGAUAGAAGAGGCUUCGUGGAUGCUCAGUUGGGUGCAGACAAAGACUACGGCGAGUCCAGAGUGCCGCUCGGCAAAGGACAAUUGGGCGUACUGUUCGCACCCCUCACAAGCGACUCAUAG